UACUUGCGACUGACAAUGCCACGUUCGCGGGUGUCGUGACUCCUUCACUGGCACCCCUCGACCCCGGAGCGGAAGUGGGAGGAGGCCGGAGCCGACCCGCGGGAGGGUCCGAUGUCAGAGCUGAAGCUGACUGUGCCCUGGGGACACAUCGCUGCCAAACUCUGGGGCUCCCAGCAGAGCCCCCCCGUUCUUUGCCUGCACGGCUGGCUGGACAAUGCCAACUCCUUUGAUAGGCUCAUCCCUCUUCUCCCAAAAGACUUCUUUUAUGUCGCCAUGGAUUUCGGGGGCCACGGGCUCUCAUCCCAUUACAGCCGAGGUCUCCUGUAUAACCAGCAAAACUUUGUGAUUGAGAUCCAGAGAGUUGUCGCAGCUUUGAAAUGGAAUCGUUUUUCCAUCAUGGGCCAUAGUUUUGGUGGUCUUGUGGGCGGAAUGUUUUCCUGUAUCUUCCCCGAGAUGGUGGAUAAACUUAUCUUGCUGGACACCACGCCAUUUGUCCUGGACUUGAAAGAAAAGGAGAACUUGAUAACCUACAAGCGGAGGGUGACAGAGCACAUGCUGCAGGUGGAGGCCUCCCAGAAGCCCCAGCGGGUGGUCAGCCCAGAGGAGAUGCUGCAGGGGUUGCUAAAGAACAACAGUCACUUGGGCGAGGAGUGUGCGUGGCUCCUGCUGCAGCGAGGGACCACACAGGUGGCCACAGGUCUGGUGUUGAACAGAGACCGGAGGAUCACUUUGCCGGAGCAUGGCAUCGACUUCACCAGCAGGGAGAUGUUCAUGCGUUACAUCCAGAGGCUGCAGACCUGCAUCCUGCUCAUCAAAGCAACACAAGGGUUUUAUGAUGUGAGAAGAGAGAACGACACUGACAAGGAGCCCUUUCUUUUUAUGAAGGACACAAUGAAAUCUGUCCUAAAAGAGCGCUUCCAGUUCACGGAAGUCCCAGGCAACCACUACGUGCACCUGAACCAACCCCAGCUCGUGGCCGGGAUCAUCAGCUCCUUCCUGAAGAGCAGCAAGAGGACCCUGAACCGGCUGUAGCCUGGGCCUGGGGCUUCGGAGGCCUCGCUCCCACCACUCGCCACGCAGCCCCCCGCCCCAGCCAGGUGCGGGGGAGACCGGCCUCGCUGGUCUUGAAGAUCUGCAUGUGCUGAGGCACAGAAGCCUGGGGCAGGGUUUGGAGAGAUGGGACCAAGAUUCUGACUUUUAGCAUCUGUGACCCACAGGGCAGCCGCUGUUUGGACUCGGGGGGGGGGGGGGGGUCCUGUGCUGUGGCUGACAGUCUGCAGUCAGCGGGUGGAGAGAGGAGUGGCCAGGCUGCCGCCCAGCUGGAUGAAAAACAAAACGACCUUGUGUUCUCA